AUGGUCACCAGUUCUCUGCAGACCUCAGGGGAGAUCUCUCCUGUGCCAGAGUCCUCCCUCUCAGCUGAGCCACCACCUGCCGUCGGCUGCAUCGAUGCCCAGUCCAUUCCUGCCUCUUCUUGGAUGACGAGCACACGUCUGCCUCCCCGGACACACUCCCCGCUUUCUGAGAAGUGUCACACUGGCCCAUCUGAAGCUGAGAUGCUGAUGCAAUUACAGCAAAACUGUCCAGAGCUCCAGCUGGGCAUCAGUGGCCUGAUCAGUCUGGCCAUCAGCACGUCCCCAGACAACCUUCACCUUCCCCUAGGACUGCAGCACACCCUCCCGAGGGAGGCUGCAAACCGCCCAAAUCCACCUGUAUUUGAAAUGAUCGUUAAUCCUGGAGAUAAUAUCCUCGUAAAUGAGCCUGUUUAUCCAGGAACGAUUCAUGCCCUGCGACCACUGGGCUGCAACAUUCUCACCGUGGCCAGUGAUGAGCAUGGGAUCAUUCCAGACUCCCUCAAAGAAAUACUUGCCAAAUGGAAACCAGAAGAUGCAAAGAACCCCGAGAAAAACCCCAAGUUUCUCUACACCAUCCCAAAUGGCAACAACCCUGCUGGGACUUCAUUAACAACUGACCGCAAAAAAGAAAUCUAUGAGCUGGCAAGAAAGUAUGACUUCCUCAUCAUCGAAGACGACCCUUACUACUUUCUGCAGUUCAACAAGCCCUGGGCACCGACCUUCCUCUCCAUGGACAUCGAUGGCCGUGUCAUCAGAGCCGACUCUUUCUCCAAAGUCCUAUCCCCUGGGUCUGGCCUGUUCUCCCCUUGUCCUCAGGUGUCAAAGGCAGUUCCGCUGAUAUCAGCGAAAAGGGCCCCGGAAGUAUUUCUUCUCUUCUUUUGUUUUGUAGGUUUGGCAGAAUGGCAUGUUCCUACGGCUGGAAUGUUCUUAUGGGUUAAAAUUAAGGGCAUGAAUGAUGUAAGGAAACUGAUUGAAGAAAAAGCCAUGAACAAAGAGAUUUUUGUGCUUUCAGGAUACCAUUUCUACUUUGACAGUUCAGCUCCUUGCCCCUACUUCCGAGCAUCCUUCUCUUUAGCGUCUCCGGAGCAGAUGGACAUGGGCUUCCAGAGAUUAGCUCAACUUAUAAGAGAAUCGUUAUGAAGAAACCAAACUCUUCACAGCACCUAACGUUGUUCACAUAAGUGAUUUCUAUGUUGGAGCAGGACAAAAUGAUCACUGGUGUUAGACUUAAAGACAUAUGUCACCAAACAUGUCAUGUCUGUAGUAAUCUAACUAGACAACUUUUGAAGUGCCCUUAAACCAAUCAGACUGCCAAAAUAUACGUAUAAUCCACCUGUAUCUCUUGAUCAAUUUUCAACCCACAAACAACUAUAUUUAUCU